UGCAUGACUCAUUGACUAUAUUCAUCCGUCAUCGGCUGUACGCGUACGAGGUUAUUUUAGUUGGUAUCGCAAAUUUCGCGCUUUUAAGGAUGUUCCAUAUUGGACAUCUCUCCCAUUUACUCCCAGAACUCUAGUGGAAAUUUCUGUGUUGGGAAAAUGUUGGCCCGUGUGAGAAGUGUGCCUGUUAAGUGUAGUUCCUAUUUGUAAAUAAUGCUUUAAAUACCUGUUGUCAAACGGUUCGGAUUUAUUUCGUCCUAACGGCUCUACGGAUUCUCUUCGUCGAUAUAGCGCGUGACGCGCGAAUCUAGCGUCAUGUCAGUGUGUCUCGAAAGCAGUCGGCCGCGGGACGGUCUGAAGCUUCCUCUAAACCGAAGUUUUAGCGAGCCCGGCCCGCCGACCCCCGGCCAUCUCACACUAAGUCCUCCGAAGCGGUGCAAGCUGGAGACCCCGAGUGUCAGCCUGCCCACGAGCCCGUGCGCCGAGAGCGCGACGCUGCAGCGGGCCCUCGUGCUCAAGAAAGUGAAGACGGUGGACCCCGACGGCCUUAAAGUGAAACUGGAGGCGGCGCGCCAAGGGCCCAAGACCUUCGUCGUGCUGGACUGCCGGCCCUUCAUCUCCUACAACGUCAACCACAUCAACGGCGCCAUCAACGUCAACUGCUCGGACAGGUUCAACCGGCGCCGGCUGCAGCAGGGCAAGGCCACGCUGGCGGACCUGGCCACCACCCGCGAGGGCAAGGACAUCCUCAAGCGCAGGGCCUUCAAGGAGGUGAUCGUCUACGACGACAACACGUGCGACAAGGAGCGGAUAACCGCGGCGCAACCGCUUCUCCUGGUGCUGUCUUCGCUGGUGGAGGACAACAAAGAGCCCUCGCUCCUCAUUGGAGGUCACACCGAAUUCCAUCGUAAACAUAAGGAUUUAUGCGAAGACACUUUGGUUUCUGGUUUAUCAUCGCGGGGUUUGCCGUCGUCUGCGUCGUGUCCGGCCCUGGCCGACAUAGAUUCGCAUCCGGCCUCUCGAGUUUUGCCCUUCUUGUAUCUGGGCAACAGCAAGAAUGCAGCUGACUUGUCUUGUCUACAAGAUCUCGGUACCACCUGCGUUCUUAAUGUUACACCACAGCUGGCCGGGUACCACGAAACCUGCGGGAUCACGUACAAGCAAAUACCUGCGACGGACAACGGACACCAAAACCUCAAGCAGUAUUUUGAAGAAGCUUUCGAAUUUAUCGAGGAAGCAAGGAAUAACGGCCUACGGGUGUUGGUACACUGCCAGGCCGGUGUUUCACGCAGCGCCACAAUAGCGAUUGCUUAUAUAAUGAAAUAUAAACAAAUGUCGAUGGUUGAAGCCUACAAAAUGGUGAAAGCUUGCCGGCCUAUUAUUUCCCCGAAUUUAAAUUUCAUGGGACAACUUUUAGAAUUAGAACAAAGUUUACGUAGUGGUAGCAAUAACAAUCAUCAGUGUCGCUGGAGUCAACAAUCCAGUGAUGAAGUGACACAAGGCUGUAGUGUUUGAAUGCAUUAUGAACUUUAGAGGAGGUAUUGACGCGAUCCUCAAAUAAAUAAACUUUAGUCAUUCAACUCGCCAUUUAAUUUCAUUCUAGUCUAUAUAUUGGUAGAGCAUUGAUUCUGAUGAUUUUAUAAUAAAAGCUUUAAAUGCAGGAAAAAAAAUAGUCAUAAGGAAAAUUAUUUAUUGCAGCCUGUGCGAAUUAGGUAGCUUUAAAGUACUAAUUUUUUACGUGUAAUAACAUAAUCAAUGCUUUACUAUUCAGAAAAUGGCUGUGUACCAAUAAAGAUAUUCACUAUAAAGUAGUAUGCAGUAGAACUUAUUGCGCGUAUUUUUGUUUGUUUUUUUAUUAUUAUUAUUAUUAUUUAAAGCAGCUGGUUUCCUUUGAGUGUGGCUAGUGGUAGAAGGAUACUUCUUAAGUCGCGGAAAAAUGUCAGUAAUUGUAUACAUAAAAUGACAAACCGUUUAGGUAGUCGUAUUGUCGCAAAGAGAAUUUCAAUAUCAGACAUGAUCGUUUAGUGUAUUUAAUUUAUUACUUAUUCAUAGUGAAUAAUUUAUAUAUUGCCUAACUAUAUAAAAAUCUACUAUAUUAUGUCAUAAAGAAUAAUGUUGCCAUACAUAUUGUUCAUUGAAAAAAUAAGUCAGUGUUUAGUUUUUAGUUUUUAAUGGUAAUAAUCGUACGUUUUUUAUGUUGAUUGAUAUGUAGAGGACUUUGUUUGUUUGGAAUAUUAUUUUAGUUUAAAACCUAGGAAGCAUUUUUUAUGACUAGAAGAAUGAACAUAUUUAUUUAAAAUUGUCGUUGUGAUUUUUCUCAUAUUAUUUAAGUAUAUCACGGAUAUAUAGUCGGAAAAGGUGCGGAAAAAUUUUGUGACUUAUCAUCAGAUCACUAAUUACCUAAUAGGUGCACAUUGUAUAUUCUAGCGACACCAUCGCAUUAACAAAAUUGUGCCUUCACUAUUGUUUUGUAAGGAACUUCUGAUUUAAGAGUUCAGACUGUCCAUAUAGUUGUUUGGUUCAAAUCCAUAACUUAAAAUUACAAAAAAUACCGAA